AUGGACACUCUCGUUGCCCAAUACACUCAACCGACGUUUGGCAACGAAGGCUACUCAUCAGAAGAACAAAAUGAUUACUGCACUACACUACCUCCUUUCUCUCUCAAAUUCGCCUUACCACCCGUUCCUCAACCUUCUGCCUUCCUCCGCGCCGCAACCGACGACUACUCCAACCCGAAUUGCCCCAUCAAGAUCGCGCAUGGCACCACCACCCUGGCGUUCCGAUUCAAAGGAGGAAUCAUAGUCGCAACCGAUUCAAGGGCAACAGCCGGAAAUUGGAUUGCAUCACAAACGGUGAAGAAAGUGAUUGAGAUCAAUCCUAUGCUGCUUGGAACCAUGGCCGGUGGAGCCGCGGACUGUCAAUAUUGGCUUGCUUUCCUCGGGAAACAGUGUCGUCUUCACGAGCUCCGACACAAGCGACGCAUCUCGGUGGCUGCUGCAUCCAAACUUCUUGCAAAUUUGGUCUACGAAUACAAAGGCAUGGGAUUGUCGAUGGGGACCAUGAUCACGGGAGUGACGCCUCAAGAAGGCCCUGCUCUGUACUACAUUGACUCCGAUGGAACGAGAUUAGCCGGCAACCUAUUCUGUGUGGGGUCUGGUCAAACAUUUGCCUACGGAGUUCUGGACGCACUCUACCAAUACGACCUGGAAGAUGAUGAAGCACUUGAACUGGGCAGAAGAAGUAUUUUGGCGGCAACUCAUCGAGAUGCCUACUCCGGUGGCUACAUCAAUCUUUACCACGUGAAAGAGGACGGUUGGGUCAAGCAUGGUUUCUCAGACACGAAUCCGAUCUUCUGGCAGACCAAACUGAAGAAGGGAGAAUUUUCGAAUGUGACAAGUGAACUCAUAUGA